UGUUGUUCUAUUUCUUCAGACAGCUUUACGUGCACUCCCAGUCAACAUGGAUUUUUCAAAGAAUGCAACAGAGUGUCCACAGCCCCUUAAGGCAGAAGUGAAAGGGAACAUCCCCUCCUGGUUGCAAGGCACAUUACUACGCAAUGGCCCUGGGAUCUUCUCAGUGGGGGAUACCAGCUAUGACCACUGGUUUGAUGGCAUGUCCAUCAUGCACAGCUUCUCCUUCAUGGAUGGUGAAGUGAUCCACAGAAGCAGGUUCCUGAAAAGUGACACCUACAAAGCCAACAUGGAAUCCAACCGAAUUGUUGUGUCUGAAAUGGGAACAAUGGCUUACCCCGACCCAAGCAAAAACUUAAUUGUCAAGGUGAUCACCUUCCUCAACCACACAGUGCCUGACUUCACUGACAACGGCACCAGCAAUUUUAUCAAAUACGGUCAGGAUUAUUUUGCCACCUCAGAAACCAACUACAUUCGUAAAAUUGACCCAGUCACCCUGGAAACUCAGGAUAAGGUAGACUAUAUGAAGUUUCUGCCUGUGAACUUGGCUUCAUCCCAUCCACACUACGACAAGGAGGGUAAUGCCUACAACAUGGGUACUUGUAUCGCUGAAAAGGGCAAGACGAAAUACCUACUGUUCAAAGUCCCCGCAGUUUCUCAGAAAGACAAAGACAAGAAAGUCCCCGCUCUGAAGAAUGUGGAGGUGAUCUGUUCAGUACCCUGCCGCUCCCUCCUGACGCCCAGCUACUUCCACAGCUUCGGGAUGACGGACAACUACUUCAUCUUCAUCGAGCAGCCCAUCAAACUGGACAUCCUCAAAAUGGCCACCGCCUACAUGAGGAGAGUCAACUGGGCCAGCUGCCUGAAGUUCUGCCCAGAAGAUUGUACUCUGAUCCACCUGAUCGACAGAAAGACAGGCAAAGUGAUGGAGACCAAGUACUACACGGAAGCCAUGGUCGUCUACCAUCACGUGAAUGCUUUCGAGGUCGACGGUUGCGUCAUAUUUGAUGUCAUCGCCUACAAGGACAACAACCUUUACGACAUGUUUUACCUGAGCAAGCUGAAAGAAAAGCCAGGAUCUCACGACAAUAGCUACUCCAAACCAAGCUAUAAGAGAUUUGCACUUCCCGUUCAACCGAACGAGGGCGCGGCCAUCGGAGAGAACCUGGUGAAAGUGACGUGCACCGCAGCCACAGCAGUGAAAGAGAAAGAAGGCAAAGUAGUAUGCCAGGCAGAGGUGCUCUACGAAGGGAUUGAACUGCCACGAAUCAAUUACGAUUUUAACAGCAAGAGACAUCGCUUUGUGUAUGGCAACUGCGUUGAGGAAACGGUACUCUCAAAAGAGAUUACCAAGUUUGACACAGAAACCAAGCAAAUAUUGACCUGGAGUGAAGACAACUGCUGGCCAUCGGAGGCAGUGUUUGUCCCCAGACCGAAUGGCGAGGCAGAGGAUGAUGGGGUGAUUUUAUCAUCUAUAAUCAACACCAGUCCCGACCAGUCUAACUUCAUCUUGGUUCUUAAUGGCAGAACAUUCAAGGAAGUGGCUCGGGGUUACGUGAACACUGAGCUCCAUAAGGACAUGCAUGGAUUUUUUAUCCCUCACGGAAAUUAGUCACUUAUGGAAUGCAUCAAUAUACAUUUCAGGAAAUUAAAAUCCUUAAUCCUGCCAACAUGUAUAACAUGUAAAUUACAUUCCACUGUAGUUGGGACUACUAAACAAAGUGAUCAGGAUGAUCUAGAUAUUGUAUAAAAGGUGUCACAUUUGACUAAACCAAUUAAUUUGGAUGUAACAUUGGCUGUAUAGUGCCUCAGUGAACAUGUGAAAUAUGAAUUCAUAUCGUCCACGCAUUCCUUAGUUCGUUUGUCUGCCGAGAGGCCUGAAAUCAGCUCAUUCGAAUUUCUCGAGUUUAUCUACGUCGCUAGCGAAGAUCUCCGCCCACCUCUCUGCUCCCGAGUCAACGCUGUCAACACAACAAACACGUGUGGCAGUCUAGACAGAGGCAACCGAUCAGAGGAAAGGGGGUUGUCUUAGCCAAAUAUGGACAAAGCCGGUACAAAACUGGGUCAAAAAGAAGUCCAUGUCAAAAUUGCCUUUUCUGGACACCCGUAUGACGAAGCCAAUGUGUUUUUUUCUUUUUUUUUAAAAUGAAACUGACACUUCUAUACUAAGUCCAUGUUAGAGAGUCACUAUAUUGUCUAUCCAUCCAUUCAUUUUCCGUACCGCUUCUCCUCACUAGGGUCGCUCGCGGGCGUGCUGGAGCCUAUCCCAGCUAUCUUCGGGUGACAGGCGGGGUACACCCUGAACUGGUCGCCAGCCAAUCGCAGGGCACAUAUACACAAACAACCAUUCGCGCACACAUUCACACUUAAGGGCAACUUAGCGUCUUCAAUCAACCUAUCGUGCAUGUUUUGGGGGAUGUGGGAGGAAACCGGAGUACCCGGAGAAAACCCACGCAGACACGGGGAGAACACGCAAACUCCACACAGCCGGGGCCGGGAUUUGAACCCCGGUCCUCAGAACUGUGAGGCAGAUGUGCUAUCCAGUCGUACACUGUGCCGCCUCUAUUGUCUAAAUGGCCAAAAUAUGGGACCUUCAAAAUGUUAUUUCUUAUUUACAUAAUUUUGUGUGGGUGAAAAUGUAUACUGUAGUAUAUACCCACUUUGUUGUUGUGUAUCACUUUGAGUUGCCUUUUUGUGCGCUUUGCUUUCACAGAAAAAAAAACAUUCGGCCUGUUAUACCCACACAACAUCGAGUAGGUCCAACCAACUCUCAUCAUGUGGGAGAAGUUAGACAUGUGUAACAUUCCGUGUUGGGCUCGGUUUCAUGUCCUUAAAGCCUUGGUCUACUAUAUCAGAACAUUAUAUACUGUAUAACCGCUAUGCUCACCCACCACAACGUUAUUUUUGUAAAUCAAAUCUAAUGUCAUUGUACUAGGCAUCUAAUGAUUUACUUUGCUCAUCUCUCUUCCAGCUAGUGUCCUGUCUUUUGUUAUCGUUUCUUCCUAUAUUGUUGAGUUAUCUUUGCACUGUUUCUCACUUUUGUUUGAUCUGUCACUCCACUUUAAGACUUUGUUCUGUCCGACUGAAAUGUUCAAUAAAUAUGCAUCAGAAUACAAAAAAAAGAAAAGAAAACAAAACUGCAUAAAAGGUA